CCUAGCUCCCAUUUUUCACCUUCUCUGGCUUUCCCCAUUUUCCCCGUCAGUCGGUCUCUCUACCGCCGCCGCCGUCGUUGUCUCAGCGCCACCGUGAUUCUCUACCUACUCUUACUCCGGACUCCGUCUCCAUCUUGGUGCCAAUUUCACAAUAAAUCGGAAACUGAGCUGAUUGAAAUGACAAUCGUCUGAGACUCUUUGCGAGCUUGGCGGAAUCUGUGCUGGUGGAGCUCCGAAUAGAAGGACGCAGUUGAGAUUAGAUGAAGCAGUGGAUUCUUGGAUAGUCAAGUGACAUGUGGACUAAAACAAGAGAAGCACAUACAGAAUUACAGAUCUUGUUCAGUGCUAACAUAAUUGACUGCCAACCAUUAUAUGAGAGGGUUUGUGUACAUGCCAGAGAAGCUUUUGGUCUGCACUUCUAUAGCUUUAGCAAUGAAGCCAAGAUCCACUGAGGCACCUCGGAGGUCAAGAAAUGUUCAGGGGGAGGGACCAAAUUGGAUCCUUAUUGCAGGGAGUGCACUGCUUAGUACAUUGUCUGUUCGCCUCGGAUAUAAGCUAAAACAGGUCCUUGAUGCUAAACAACUGGAAAACAGUAGUCCAAGUUUAGAAGUUAAUGGAAAAUCUACUAACGGAAAGAAAUCAGGAAGCUGCCCUAUGCAUUCAAAUGCCUUUUGCUUUCCUCAAGAUGUUUGCUACAACCAUUAUUCAGGAUCCAGGAAUGUUAUGGAAAUCAAACCACACGCCAAUGGACAGAUGAUGUCAGAACCUGAAAUGGCUCUUCCACUGGUGACUGUUCCCACUUCGGACUUCAAUAAAGAAAACGGGGUGAUGUGGUCGUCUUCUCCUGACCGCCUGGAGCUGCCCCAGAAACCUUUCCACCAAUCAAACAGCUCAGACUCCCCUUGUGUCUCAGAAUCUGGUUCUGAUAUUUUCAGCAAGCGGGAGGUCAUACAAAAGCUGAGGCAGCAGCUGAAGAGAAGAGAUGACAUGAUACUAGAAAUGCAAGAUCAAAUUGCAGAAGUGCAAACCUCUCUUGCUGCACAGGUUUCACAUUCUUCACACCUGCAGUCUCUUCUAGAUGCUUCAAACAGGGAUUUGUUUGAAUCAGAACGGGAAGUACAGAGACUACGGAAGGCAAUAGCAGAUCACUGUGUUGGACAUGUCAACUCAGGUGAGAAACUCCCUACUGUGCCCAUUUGGCCAGCUGAAGUAAUGAACGGCCAUGUAAACGGAUGCCUAGAAGUCAAAAACAAUAUGGAGUCUCCAGAGAAAGGGAGAGAUGGGGAAAGGGUUGAAAUGUUGAGGAGGGAAGUGAGUGAGUUGAAAGAAUUGAAUGAAGGAAAAGACUACUUGCUGCACAGCUACAAGGAGCAUAACUCGGAGCUUGCAAUCAAGAUCAAGGAGUUGCAGAACAGAUUGGAUUCUCAACUUCCAAAUAUUUUGUAGGUGAAUUUAGCUUUCUUGUGCAUUCUGAAUGUGGCUUCCUGUUUUCUCUGCUCUCUUAUCCAACUUGAAGCUCUCAAUUUUGGAAACGUCAUUUUCGCACU